AUGGGUCUGCUUGCCCUUGGAACGCCUCUUGACUGGCCAGAGGCCAAGAAAGUUGCUGGUCAGGUCAGGUCAUGGGGAAUUGAACAAUUGCUCGCUAUCUGGCGCAAUGCCAAAGGCAAGGAGAGGGAUGCGCUCCUUUGGGGAGAUGAGAUCGAGUAUUUGGUCGUUUGCUAUGAUCAAGACAGCCACAAGGUCCGAUUGUCGCUCCGCCAGGCAGACAUUCUAGCUGCGCUCGCCAACGAUGAGAAACUUCUGCAGCAAGGCGGCGGAGUACCUGACCUGCAAACCGGAGACGCCGACGCGAAGGAUAACCCUGCACCCGUCUUCCACCCCGAAUUUGGGAGGUUCAUGCUUGAAGCGACCCCUGGGAAGCCAUGGGGCAUUGGUUUCAAGGACCUGCUUGACGUUGAACCAAACAUGAAAUGGAGACGCACCAUAGCCAAGGAUCACAUGGCACAGACCGAGUUUCCGAUCACAUUGACGACAUUCCCUCGUCUUGGAUCGGCCGAUUGUAUCGUACCAUCAUAUCCUGUUUCAGGGCCCAAGCUACGAUCCCAGUUUGUUCCGGAUGAGAUUGCCAAUCCGCACAUUCGCUUUCCUACGCUAGCAGCAAACAUUCGUUGGCGCAGGGGCCGGAAGGUCGAAGUAAACGUUCCGGUUUUCAAGGAUGAGAGCACACCAUGGCCGUGGAAGGAUCCCACAGUCAACUAUGACAUGCACAACUGGCCUGAAGAUGAUGAUGUGCGCAAUGGUGCUGCCAAGGACAACUACAUCCAUAUGGACGCCAUGGCUUUUGGUAUGGGAAGCUGCUGUUUGCAGAUCACCUUCCAGGCAAAGAACAUCGAGGAGGGAAGGAAGAUGUACGAUCAGCUUAGCCCGAUAGCACCUAUCCUGCUAGCAUUGACGGCGGCAACACCAAUCUACAAGGGUUUCCUGGCCGAUACUGAUGUGCGAUGGAACCAAAUUAGUAGAGCGGUUGAUGAUCGCACACCAGAGGAACUUGGAGAGAAGCCGCUCAAGAACGACCGAUGGCGAUUACCCAAGUCGCGCUACGCAUCCAAUUCAACCUACAUCUCUCAGGAUCCUCGCUUGCGACCUGAGUAUCUCGACCCAGAUCUUAUCAUCGACACCGACAUCAAGCAGCGUCUAAUCGAAGGCGGCAUGGACGACCUCCUAGCGACACAUUUUGCUCACCUUUUUAUUCGUGACCCCAUUGUCGUUUUCGCCGAAGACCUUCAAGAGUUGGACCUCACCAAAGCUGAUCACUUUGAGAACCUGCAGUCAACCAACUGGCAGCACAUGCGCUUCAAGCCACCGCCAGCUGGAUCCGACAUGGGUUGGCGCGUUGAGUUCCGCCCAAUGGAGAUUCAAAUCACUGAUUUCGAGAACGCUGCAUUCUCGAUCUUCAUCGUGCUUCUAACCCGUGCUAUCCUCUCGUUCAAUCUCAACUUCUACAUUCCCAUCACAUUGGUUAGCGAGAACAUGGAGACAGCACACAUUCGCGAUGCUGUAUCAACGCAGAAGUUCUGGUUCCGAAAGAAUCCUUUCUCGACACACAAGCCCAGCGGAACGGGUACCUCCACACCUGCGGGGAAUGGCAGCCGUCCAGCAACACCCACUGGCCCUGUGGAAGACGAAUACGAGCAAAUGACCGUCAACGAGAUCAUCAACGGACAGACUACUUCGACUGGUGGCAAUGGCUUCCCUGGUCUUAUCCCGCUUGUUGAAUCCUACCUCAACAGCAUGAACGUUGACGUUGAAACGCGCUGCGAUCUCGCCACCUAUCUGGAUCUGAUCCGCAAGCGCGCUAAUGGUACAUACUGGACUGCGGCCAAGUGGAUUAGGUAUUUUGUCCAAACACACCCUGCGUACAAGAAAGAUAGCGCCGUUAGCGACGACAUUACGUAUGAUCUUGUCAAGGCUGCAGAGCAGAUUACGCGUGAAGAGGGCCGGGAUGGGUUGGGUAAGGAGAUGCUUGGAAAGCGACGUUGA